AUGGCUAAAUCAUCAACUAAAUCUGCUAAGGCUGAUAAGAAGCAAGUUAAGGCUAAGAAGCAAGAGUCUUCCUCCGAAUCCAGCUCCUCUUCAUCAGAAUCCGAAUCCAGUUCCUCUUCUUCAGAAUCCGAAUCAGACUCUGAUUCUUCUGACGAAGAAAAGGAAGAUAAGAAGGAAUCUUCUGAUUCUGACUCCAGUUCUGAUUCUGAAUCCGAAACUGAAGAAAAGGAAGAAAAGAAGGACGAUUCUUCUGAUUCUGACUCUUCAUCUUCUGAUUCUGACUCUUCAUCUUCUGAUUCUUCAUCUUCUGACGAAGAAGAAGAAGCACCAAAGAAGGAAACUAAGAAGGUAGCUAAGAAAGAAACCAAAAAGGAAACCAAGAAAGAAGCUAAGAAGGAAGCAUCUUCAUCAUCAUCUUCCGAAUCAGACUCUGAUUCAUCCUCAUCCUCAUCCUCAUCCUCCUCUUCUGAUUCUGAUUCAUCUUCUGAUUCCGAAUCCGACUCAGACAGUGAUGCAGAAGAAGAAGAAAAGGAUUCUAAGAAGCGUAAGGUUGAAGAAUCUUCUGAAGAAGCUGAAGAAUCUGCUGAAGAACCAGUCGCAAAGAAGCCAAAGACUAAUGAAGAACCAGCUACUUUAUUCGUUGGUAGAUUGUCUUGGAGCAUCGAUGAUGAAUGGUUAAGAAGAGAAUUCGAACCAGUUGGUGGUGUUAUUAGCGCUAGAGUUAUCAUGGAAAGAUCCACUGGUAAAUCUAGAGGUUACGGUUACGUCGACUUCGAUUCUAAGUCUGCUGCAGAAAAGGCAUUACAAGAAUACCAAGGUAAAGAGCUUGAUGGUAGACCAAUUAACUUAGACUUGUCUACUGGUAAGCCUCAUGCUUCCAACCCAAAAACCGAUAGAGCUAAGCAAUACGGUGAUGUUCCAUCUGCUCCAUCUGACACUUUAUUCGUCGGAAACUUAUCUUUCAACGCUGAAAGAGACAGUUUAUUCAACACUUUCGGUGAAUACGGUACUGUUGUUUCAUGCAGAAUCCCAACCCACCCUGACACUCAACAACCAAAGGGUUUCGGUUACGUCCAAUUUGCAUCUGUCGAUGAAGCCAAGGCCGCUUUAGAAGCAUUGAACGGUGAAUACAUCGAUGGUCGUGCUUGUAGAUUAGAUUUCUCUACUCCAAGAGACAACAGCAACGCCCCAAGAGGUGGCUUCGGUGGUAACCGUGGUGGCCGUGGUGGUUUCGGUGGUAACGGUGGUAGAGGUGGCUUCGGUGGCCGUGAAAGAUCUACUCCUCCAAGAUCUGCCCCAAACUCCGCUGAAUUCAAGGGUACUAAGAAAACCUUCGAUUAA